AGCUUGCUACCAGCAUUGUGCACCGUGAUCUAACACACUGAUUGGUUUUGUUUCACCACCUCCUGCGAGUGCACGCUAACUUUUUGCCUAGUACCGAACACACCGAAAAAGAACCAGUAAGCAAGAAAAAUGUGUUGAAAGUUAUCAUUAUACUUGGUUGAAAAGCAGGGAGGUUGAAAGUAGUUGAAACUGAAAGCGUGAAGACGCGGGUUAAUAUCAUAGAAAUAAAGACGGGACCUUCUGAGUGGCUUGCCUUUGAGUUAAUAUCUGCUGGGAUCCAGGCAGCGCUCAGUGCCAGAGCGCCGCACCUGUCAGCCGACCGCCGCUGUGCCCUGGUGGCGCCAUGUGGCCGCCGGUGUACGCACACCACCACUCGUCGCGGUGCCGGCCGCCCACCAAGCCACUGGCGCCGCUCCAGUGGACCUAUGAAAUGCGCCGCGAGAUGCAGGAAAUCCUGCCGGGCCUCUACCUCGGACCGUACAGCUCUGCCAGCCGGAAUCAGUUGGAACGGCUCCAGCAGACGGGCAUCACACACAUCGUCUGUGUCAGACGGAGCGUGGAGGCGCACCUGAUUCGGCCCAACUUUCCCAACCAGUUCCAGUACCUGGAGGUGGAGCUGGCCGAGUCGCCCGAACUGUGGGUCCUCUCGCACGUUCCGCGCGUCACCGCCUUCCUUGACGACGCACUGUGCUCCGGCGGACGGGUGCUGGUGCACGGCAACCUGGGCGUCUCGCUCUCCGCCGCGCUCAUUGUGGCCUACGUGAUGCGCAGGCUCUCGCUCAAUCUCUCCGCUGCCAGCGGGGUGGUGACGGCACGCCGUGACUGCGUCCGGCUCAGUCCCGACUUAGUGCGUCAACUGCACGAGUACGAGCCCAUCUGCCGGGCUGAAAAGGCCUUCCUGGCCGGCCACGGCAGCAGCGGACGAUGCCGCGCCAAACGCACCUGCGACCAGCUGGACGACGAGCCUGAGCCCAUGGACAUGACGUCCGCGUGAGCUAAGUGGCGCGUGAGCUACGUGCGCGUGAGCUACGUGCGCGUGAGCUACGUGCGCGUGAGCUACGUGCGCGUGAGCUACGGGCGCGUGAGCUCUUACUACGUUCGUGCGUUGUGGCUGGCGCUGGCGCGACGUGGCACCGCACGCAGCGCGGUCGGUAGCCUGUAGAGAUGCCGCUCGCGCUUCGGCCGAAGCCGAAGUGACGUUUUUGUACAGGUAGGUUUUCAUAGGGUCUGUGGAAGGAUUUUCACAUGAUGUGGGGAGGGAUUUUGUAGGGUUAGGAGCUGGGGUGGCGAGCUAGGUUUCGUAGAGGCUCUGACUCUCUUUGGGACGGAUGAUGUCGAUUCCGGCAUGCAGCGUCUGGCCCCGACAUGCUGCAGGGCAGCAGGGGGCGUUCGCUGAGGGCACGGCAGACUAUGUCGGUGCGGUGGAGCUUCCUGAGGGGACGGACGUGUCGAAGGGCGUUCUUGGGUGUUUCUACACGCUACGGCAGCAGGCCUGCCGACUACCUACACUUGUCGAAGACUGGGUCGCGAUUGCGCGAAUGCCACCUACAUCUUGCUCCCCGUCCGGUCAGCGGUGGACUGUCGGUGCUGGCCCAGGGGGCGCCAACCGGAGCCGCCACUGUGCUUCCGCUGGUAACAAGCCGCACUGUAGGCAGAAGUCACGCAUUCGCCACGCAGUGGUGUCCGCUGAGCUGACUUUUAGCGCACACAGGCGUGGACACCACCUGAGCUCCACUAGCACCAGAGCCGCUUUCACUGCCGAAAUGCCGUCCAAACGGUGUGGGACGCUGUACAGACGUCGCCGAAAGUCCCUAGUGGGGAUUCUAGGGGUCCUGACCCCGAGGGCUUGAGUUAGGACUCGUGCGAGUCUGGGACCCCAGCGCGGUCAGCGGGUUUAGCGAAAGCCGUCACCCUUUAUCCCUAGAAGUUUGAAAGGGAAUGGCGGUGGAUUGGCUGCUCCGUUUGGUGCAGAACUGCAGAGCACACCGAUUAGUUUGCUUUCAUGGCAUAGGAUACCGCCUCGGCUGUUUUGUGCAACUGCAUUAUCAUCCCUUCUCACCGUUGUUUUUCGCAUUUUGUACCUUGUUCGAUAGUUUUUCCCCAUUUCUCGACGUUUUGGCAUAUACUUGGCGUAGUGUGUUGGGUUGUUUUACAUCCAUUGCGUUACACGUAAAAACCCACUUGGCUUAGUUUAGCUGUUACCUUUCACCGUUUAUCGUUUUGUACGCCACACUUCCACAAAGCAUCUUUAGAUCUGAUUUGUGCUUUGAGUUGACCACGUUGUAUCUCGAUAAGUUUUGCGACUGUACGCUGUCUCUAGCUCAGAUAUCAUGCACAUUUUCAUGUUUCGCUCACCAUUAUCCGUAGCUGUUGAUUGGCACCGUUGAUCGGUUUUGCACCAUCCAAAGUACCCACAUUACGUAGUUACCCCACGGCAGGUAUUGGCUGUACAACUCUUGUGGUCGGUGCGUGACAUUGUGUGCGUCCUGUCUCCCGAUGAGACGGGUUAUUUAUUUGCGUGGUGCGUCUCUCAGGUUGGGAGUUGGGUGAGUGGUCUGCCGCUUUUGUCAAAACGAGUGGGAGUGUUUGAGCUAUGGAGGGUACGUCCUGGAUGGGUGUGUCUGUAAAGAGGUCUUGUACAUUUGGUGAGUGUGUGGGCUAGCCAGUUUCAGCGUGACGACUUUCAGAGUUUGUAUUUUUCUACUUGUGCGUUGCGUAAUACACACAAUGACGACCCGUUUUA